AUGGCGCACGGGAAGGGAUAUCGCCAAGUGCAAACGCUGUUUGGACAUUUGCUGCAAAUCGUGGGCCAUUAUUUCAAGCGCGUGCUUCGUGCCGUCGGUGCGCUGGCAGUAGACAUGAUUCGACCUCAUGAAAACUACAACCGUGGCGCUGCAAGUCAUCACCCCGAUCCACAGCGAUAUCCGUUGUUUCAGGCUGAAAAGGGGUGCCCACUCAAAACGUCUUGGCGGCUUGCGAUUUCAACUUGUGCUUCACAUUUGUGUUGCCGGGAGCAUGGGCCCACGCAGGAUAGCCGUAUACUAGCUCACGCGGUGCAUAGUUCGGACAUACACUUUCCGGAACCGGAUGACGGGAAAUAUUACUUGGUGGACUCUGGAUUUGCACAUCGGUCGGGGUACAUGGCACCGUACAAGGGGUCGGAUGUACGUUAUCACUUCCAAGAAUUUCACGAUCAUGGUGGCGGCAGACGUCGAUUUCGUAAUGCACGCAAGAGGAUGCUUAGUUAUUCAUAUCGAGCCCAAAUCGCUGUGGUCGUGGCAGUAAUGGGAGUCCAUAAUUUUCUGCGAUGUAAAGAACAGCUCGAUGAAGGAUUCCGCAGGGCCGAUGAAGUUGACGAUGAGGAAGUCGAGGUUGAGUUACCCGAUGAGGAAGAUAAAGCUGCAGCGGAAGAGAAUGCCGUUGCGGACGAGAAUGUGUCGUGGACCAAUUACGAGAUUACAUAG